UUUUGAUAUCAUCGUCCGAUGAGUUCUGUACGUACUUCUGUACUUAUUUUAAAAGAGCAGCCGUAAUCCAGGAAAGACCCCGAGAGAUUUUCCCCUCUCCAACUUCAUCUUCUUUUAUUCCCAUUCUGAUUGGGACUACGCUCCGCCGUUCGCUCGAAGGACGGCGUAUAUAAAAUCACUCUAGAUCCGAGACGAGGUUACCUUACCAUAUCGUCAUGGCAGCAAUUACCUUCAUCGCUGCACAAUGCGUCAGGCUCUCCUACGUCGGAUACUGUCCGCCGUGCCAGGGAGUCCCUCUCUCCAAAUCAACAUAAUUCCUUUGAUUGGGAGAAUUCCGCCUUAGGGCCGGCGGAUUUCUUCCCGUCAUUGGAGGGCUCGGUCGAGCCUCUAGUUGGAAAUUGGUCCCUGGGUUUAGAGAAUGACAGUAUAAAUGGUGCCGAGUGGUCCCUCCCCCUUUUCGAGGGGGCAGGGAACUCUAUCGUUUUUCAAAAUGAAGAGUGCAACGGACAGCUGAACGGUCAGUCGGCUCUCUACGCCUAUCCUAUUCUAUCUCGUAUGCGUAUGCUAACAGUUAAAAUAGCUUCAAACACACUACCUAGCUGUGAACUCAGUCCAGAUCUUCUAUUCAAUCUACCCACAGGUUCUCACAUCUCGUCGCAAUCAGACGCUGAAAACCCAAACCCGUCUGUCUCACCGCCAGAUAUGCCAGAAUCUUCUUCCGGCCCAAGCCAGCCUGCCAAGUCGCAGAGCCACUCGCCGCGUGUAGACGCGGUCACGGCUCUCAAGCGCCAGCGCAACAACGCCGCGGCUCGCAAGUAUCGGCAGAAGCGGAUCGACCGCAUCAGCGAGCUGGAGACGGAACUUCGCAGCGUCAAGGAGGAGCGGGAUGAGUUGCGGCUUCGCCUCGCUCGUCAGGAGGCUGAGACGGCUACUCUGCGAAGCAUGCUGCAGCUGAACUCUAGGAGGGGAGAUGCAAGUUAGCGAAUAGUCGGACAAAUAUAUAUGUGUGUGUCUUGAGGUUUUUAGAUAGCGUUAAUAACAAAUUGGAAAUUGUUCUUCUUCUCAGACGAUGUCGACUCGUUCUUUUCCCCAUGUGAUGUUUUUUUUUGUCCCGUAGAAGGACACAUAGUCUUAUUUGUAGAGCACAGGCUUCAUUAAAG